AUGCGGCAAACGACGAUGGCGCAUCCGGUUCCGGCCGCGGCGCCACCGUCGCCUAGAUUUAUGCGCGCCGUUUCCUCUCGGCAUAUGCAUCUUACGUAUGGGGAAGAAGAGAAAGGAAUAGGAAUCUCGUGCAUAAUAGAGCGUCGGCCGCAAACGUUCGCAGCGUCUCGGAAUAUCUUAGCAGUUCUACCGCUAUCACAUCAUCCUGAAACGUGCGGCUUUGCUGCGGCGAAUAUUGCGUGA